CCGGCCGGAUAUCCGUGGCUAGACGGAAGCGGGCCGUCCUUUCCUUGGCGGAGCGCAGCCAUGGCUCGGGGUCCCAAGAAGCACCUGAAGCGUGUAGCAGCUCCAAAGCAUUGGAUGCUGGAUAAAUUGACAGGAGUCUUUGCUCCCCGUCCAUCAACAGGUCCCCACAAAUUGCGGGAAUGCCUUCCACUCAUCAUCUUCCUUAGGAACAGACUCAAGUAUGCCCUGACAGGAGAUGAGGUCAAGAAGAUCUGCAUGCAGAGGUUCAUCAAGAUUGAUGGAAAAGUCCGCACUGACAUCACCUAUCCUGCUGGCUUCAUGGAUGUCAUCAGUAUUGAGAAGACAGGUGAGCACUUCCGUCUGGUAUAUGACACCAAGGGUCGUUUUGCAGUUCACCGCAUCACAGCUGAAGAGGCCAAGUACAAGCUGUGCAAGGUGAGGAAGAUAUUUGUGGGCACUAAAGGAAUCCCUCACCUGGUGACCCAUGAUGCCCGUACCAUCCGCUACCCAGAUCCUCUCAUCAAGGUGAAUGACACUAUCCAGAUUGACCUUGAGACUGGCAAGAUCACAGACUUCAUCAAGUUUGACACAGGUAACCUGUGUAUGGUGACUGGUGGUGCUAACUUGGGCCGUAUUGGUGUGAUCACUAACCGGGAGAGACACCCAGGCUCGUUUGAUGUGGUGCACGUGAAGGAUGCCAAUGGCAACAGCUUUGCCACCAGGCUCUCUAACAUUUUUGUUAUUGGCAAAGGUAACAAGCCAUGGAUCUCCCUGCCCCGUGGAAAGGGAAUCCGUCUGACCAUUGCUGAAGAGAGAGACAAGAGACUGGCAGCCAAACAGAGCAGCAGUUAAACCCUCAAAAGUGGACAAACAGCAGGCCAUUUCCUUUGUCAAAUAAAAUUGUUACUAACUAAAACUGCCUUUUUCCCCACCCUCUGAACACCAGUUCUUGCAGGCCUGUGGCUCUGAUAGCCUACAGUGCACUGUCAGCUUACCAAAUCACAGGACUCUGGUCACUCUAGAAUACUGGGAGGUGAUGAAGACUCCUUGCUACUGGGGUCUUAUUAAGAUCUGCCAGUUGUGAGAAGGCUUCUUCACAAAGCCACAGUCCUCUAAUGCUUUUCCCUUUUAGAAUAAGGGUUCUCAAAUUGGGAGUUGACCCCUUGGAGUCACAAGGUUAUGGGGGGGAGGGGCGGUCAUGAGCUUUCUGCCUCAACCCCUCAACCCUGCUUCACCUGCAGCAUUUAUAAUUGUGUGAAAUGUAUUUUUAAUUUGUAAGGGAAGUUGCUGUGUGAAAGGGGUCACCAAUGCAAAAGUUUAACCACUGCCUUAGAGGCUGUCUGCUACCUCCCAACAAAAUAAAACAAUAAAAUGGGUUGUCAUAUUUUG